AUGAAAAUUUCAGCUGCUAUUAUUAUAUUCUGUAUUUGCAUUUACUUUAAUGUGGCCAACGGUAAAAGUUUGAAAAGUUUCUAUGGCAACUCAAUAGACUACAGCAAAGGUCAACGCAAACCCUUAGCCAGUCCUUGGGGUAAUGGUAUACAUGAUAACUACAAACGCGCCAAACGCGAAAUAUCCAAAGGCAUACAAGACUUUCAAGAAGUAUUAAACAAUUCCAAAGUAGAGUGUGUUAAAGAAUUGAAAAUGGAUCCAAGCAUUUUGGAAAAAUCUCUGAUGUAUGAAGAGUUUCCCACAGACGAAGAGAAGUGUUUAAUGAUGUGUAUGUUAAAGAAAACAAAAUUGAUGGAAAAUGUUAAUAAAUUGUCAACAAAUACUAUUGCUCGUAUUGCCGGCAUGAUCUCUGAAAAUAAUCCUCUGGUAGUGUCGAUUGCUGUGGCCAAAGCCAAUAAUUGUAACACUUUGAUCAGAGCCAAUCAUCCCUGCGAGGCGGCUUAUCAGAUCAAUAAGUGUAUUGGCAGAGAAUUAAAAGCCCAUAAAUUAAAAUUGUAUUAUUAG